CGCGUUGACUUCCGGAAGGCGGUACUUCAGGCAGCGGGACAGCGCGGCAGCGUCUCUUCAAAGCGGAGCGGGGAGUUUUUUUUACCGUUGUCGCCGCCAUGAGUCGUAGUUAUAAUGAUGAGCUGCAGUUCUUGGAAAAGAUCAGUAAAAACUGCUGGAGAAUCAAGAAGGGCUUCGUGCCCAACAUGCAGGUUGAAGGAGUUUUCUACGUGAAUGAUGCUCUGGAAAAAUUAAUGUUUGAGGAACUAAGGAAUGCCUGUCGGGGUGGUGGUGUCGGUGGCUUCCUGCCAGCCAUGAAACAAAUUGGCAAUGUGGCAGCCCUGCCUGGGAUUGUUCAUCGAUCUAUUGGGCUUCCUGAUGUCCAUUCAGGUUAUGGGUUUGCUAUUGGGAAUAUGGCAGCCUUUGAUAUGAGUGACCCCGAAGCAGUGGUAUCCCCAGGUGGUGUUGGAUUUGACAUCAACUGCGGUGUGCGCUUGCUAAGAACCAAUUUAGACGAAAGCGAUGUCCAGCCUGUGAAGGAGCAGCUUGCCCAAGCUAUGUUUGACCACAUUCCUGUUGGGGUGGGAUCAAAAGGUGUCAUCCCCAUGAGUGCCAAAGACUUGGAGGAGGCCUUGGAGAUGGGUGUGGACUGGUCCCUGAGGGAAGGCUAUGCCUGGGCUGAGGACAAGGAGCACUGUGAGGAGUACGGAAGGAUGUUGCAGGCUGACCCCAACAAGGUCUCCGCAAGGGCUAAGAAAAGAGGCCUUCCUCAGUUGGGGACCCUGGGAGCAGGCAACCACUAUGCAGAAAUCCAGGUUGUGGAUGAGAUUUUCAAUGAGUACGCAGCUAAGAAAAUGGGCAUCGACCAUAAGGGACAGGUGUGUGUGAUGAUCCACAGUGGAAGCAGAGGCUUGGGCCACCAAGUAGCCACAGAUGCACUGGUAGCUAUGGAAAAAGCCAUGAAGAGAGACAAGAUUAUAGUCAACGACCGGCAGUUGGCUUGUGCUCGGAUCGCUUCCCCAGAGGGUCAGGACUACCUAAAGGGGAUGGCAGCUGCUGGGAACUAUGCCUGGGUCAACCGCUCCUCCAUGACCUUCUUAACCCGUCAGGCCUUCGCCAAGGUCUUCAACACAACCCCUGAUGACUUGGACCUGCAUGUGAUCUAUGACGUUUCUCACAAUAUUGCCAAAGUAGAGCAGCACGUGGUGGACGGAAAGGAACGGACACUGUUGGUUCACAGGAAGGGAUCCACCCGAGCUUUCCCCCCUCACCAUCCCCUCAUUGCUGUUGAUUACCAACUCACUGGACAACCCGUGCUCAUUGGCGGCACUAUGGGUACCUGUAGUUACGUUCUUACUGGCACUGAACAGGGCAUGACUGAGACCUUUGGAACAACUUGUCAUGGAGCGGGCCGUGCAUUGUCCCGAGCAAAAUCUCGUCGUAAUUUAGAUUUUCAGGAUGUCUUGGACAAACUGGCAGAUAUGGGAAUCGCAAUCCGCGUUGCCUCACCCAAAUUGGUUAUGGAAGAGGCUCCCGAGUCCUAUAAGAACGUGACGGAUGUGGUGAACACCUGCCACGAUGCUGGAAUCAGCAAGAAGGCCAUUAAACUGAGACCGAUUGCCGUGAUCAAAGGAUAGAAUGCUGACCACAGUUGCCAAACGCCACUGCCCCUCAUGGAACGAAGGUGGACGGAAACGCUCCUUAGACACCAGACUCGAGACCUGACCGGCUCAAUGUGCACAGCUGUAACUGCCCGUCCCCGAGUGGCUGGCGGGCAGCUGCUGCUCUCGGCAGCCAGGGUCAUAACGUUACCUUCCGGGAGGAGUCCCACUGCCCUCGUUUGGAAAGGGAUGUCUGUGCUUCCUCCCUGAUUGUCCCACAGGUUUUAGGAAAAUCUAUUAGGGGGUGGGGAUAGAUCAAGAUACUGCCUAACUCACUCAUGGAAGCCUGUAGUCAUCAGAAUGAACUUCUUUACAGCAAGCCUGGUUUAUAGUCUGAGAGGUGUCGUGAAGCGCGUUCUAGUAAAUAAGGUUUUUAAAUGUUUCCUUUCCCUCCUCCCUUUGUCUGUUUGUCCAUUCAUCCACCCAUCCAGCCCCUUCCCCUGAACCCAGCAAAACCCUAAACACCACUCUCACUUGGAAAGUACCCACGGGGUCCUAUCCGGAUGUUAGAUGAAUGGAUAAUGGGACACGUUGAGGAGGGAACGUGUAUGGAGGUAUAGGAAUAGGGGCUCAAAAGCAAUUUUUCAUAGACUUGCUACUUUGCUUAUCCUAAAUAUGAGGCAGAGUUUUGCCUGCACAUGGCAUCUUUUGGGACCUGUCAUUAACGAGGCCUGGUUUGGUAAACUUUGUGGAUGAGGUCCUGCAGCAGCAGAAAACCCCCCACAUGAUACUGAGUGUCUUUAUGUUUGUGAUUGAAUUAUUAUAAAAACAUUACAUGACCACAGCUGUGAUGUUAACGGUUGUUCUGUUCGACAGGUUGACGGGUGCCAUCCAGUCAGAUUUUGUGUUCUCUACGGUGACACCUGAAGAUGUUAAAGUGACAGGUUACUAAGGCCUUUGUUGAGUCCAAACAGCCAGUAAAACAGAAAAAAAUCUAAUAAAGUUGCAAUAUGUUGUUUUAUUUUUUUUUUUUUUUAAGAUUUUUUUUAUUUAUUUAUUUGAAAGAGAGAAUGAGAUAGAGAGAGCAUGAGAGGGGGGAGAGUCAGAAGGAGAAGCAGACUCCCCGCGGAGCAGGGAGCCCGAUGUGGGACUCGAUCCCGGGACUCCAGGAUCAUGACCGGAGCUGAAGGCAGUCGCUUAACCAACUGAGCCACCCAGGCACCCUAUGUUGUUUUAUCUUGUGCCUAGUAGUUUAUAUCUCAGGACCAUUAGUAUUUGUGCUUGAUUCACUUUGGUUAGUGUUGCUAUUGCCUGCUUUUCUCCCAGGUUGCUUUUAGUGACUCACUCUAAAAUAUUCUUUCCUAAAACCUCAACUUACAGUAAAAACCCUCCUUAGAGUACCUUCUAGAUGCUGCCGUUUGGAAGGGCUGGAAAAGAUAGACUUCCUCUGAAAAAUGGCCGAUAGGAAACGGCAUAGCGUGGCUCGACGUUGAGCACCCAGUCACCUAAAUAUUUUGAUGGUAGAGUUUGAAAAUAACCAACAAACCAGUUAGGACUCUUGAUGUAAUAAUUACAGGCCACUCAUGCCUUCAGACUGGACCAGCCACUCCUGUGCGCACAUGACUGAAGGAUGCAUGUUACCAGCGAACGCUGCAGGGCACCUCGAGAUGAACAGGCUUCUGGCGGGUACUAGCUUCUCCAGGGGUGAGCAAUGUUGGAGUGGAGACUCCCCCUAAUAACCGGGCUUGCGGAAUGACGUGUCAUUUGAAACUAAUGCAAAGCAAGGUCCCCUCCCAAAACUAACUGAUGGCAGUGCAAGAAAUGCUGUGUAUCAUCUUAAAUACAUAUGCUGAGUUUUAUUAGAAGCUUUGAAAGUUCCUCCGGGGAGGUACGAGGAGGAGCAGGUGAGAAGAAGAGACAAAGACAAUGGUUUAGGUGGUGGUUCUGCGCUAUGAGCUUUUCUUGUACAUUAGCAUUUGCAGUGAGCUCAGCCCUAUUGAUGACCAUAGGAAGUAAUGAUUAACA